CAAGGCAGGCAAAGGUCACGAAUUGAGCACUAGGAGCCCCUGCCCAGUGAAACUAUCAAUCUACGCAGAUCGAUCCAGCUACGAGGGGACACUCGCCGAAUGCAAUCAGAUUAUAAGAUAAACACGCCUGCUCCUGAUGGCGUUGAGUAGAAUGCAUAAAAUCUGGCGAUUGUGUGAUUACGUUGGAAACAAGCGAAGGCGUGUCAAUUAAUUAAUUAAUAUGACUAUGUACAUACAGCGAGAGUCCCAGCGGAGUUGGAUCGAUCUACGUAGAACGACAGUUUCAGUGGGAAUUGGCCCUAAGAACAGCGACCGAGAAACAGAAUGAUGAGAUGUUAUAGGUACUUACUGAACAAAAAGCUAGGUUUGACAGGCGCAGGCGACAUAAUCAAAAGCAGUCAUUAGUAAAGGCUUCACCGGGGGAGCAUGUUCAGUUUGCAGUUCGCAGUUGUAGUUCUCGUAUUGUUUGGGGCAAAAGCACAAAAAAAUGGAGAUGUGCGCCUCAUUGAUGUAGUGCAAGGUUACGAAGCAGGUGUUGCCACAGGGCCAUCGGGGGUUGUGCAGGGCUACUUCAAUGGAAGAUGGGGUUUUAUCUGUGAUGAUAUGUUCACGGGUAAUAGUGUGUACGGUAAUGGUGGACCUAUAGUUGUUUGUAGGCAGUUGGGUUACCCAACGGAGACACCAGUUCACAGAACCACGACUGUCCAUGGAGCAGGCGCAAAGAUGGUGUUUGACAACGUGAAAUGCAAAGGCACCGAGAAUAAUAUAUUCGAAUGCGGAUUUUAUAUUGCAACACCCCACAAUUGUAAAGAUAAUGAAGCAGCAUAUGUUGAAUGCGGAAAGACCUGUGUGAAUCCACCGUGUCAGACUGGCGGGGGACCAACAGAGGGUGUGUCUGGAGGCCAUGUAAAUGGAGAUGUUCGCCUAAUAGAAACUCUUCAAGGGCAUGCAGCCGGAGUUGCUACGGGACCUGAAGGCGUUGUCCAAGGUUAUUUUAAUGGGAGAUGGGGAUACAUCUGUGACGAUUGGUUCGUGGGUCAAGGCGUUAGUGGUAACGGCGGUCCUAAAGUGGUCUGUAGAAUGCUGGGGUACCCCACCGCCAACCCGGUGCAUCAUUCUGUCUCCGUGUAUGGAGCUGGCAGAGAUAUGAUAUUUGACAAUGUGCGAUGCAAAGGAACUGAAAGUAGAAUCUUUGAAUGCGGUUAUUUUAUUGCAUCUUCUCGUAACUGCAAAGAUAACGAAGCUUCAUAUGUGAAAUGCGAGGCAACUUGUGGAAGUUCGCCGUGCCAGAACGGAGGAUCUUGUUUGGCCAUUGGAAACAACGAGUACAGCUGCACUUGCCCCACUGGUUUCCAUGGCACUGACUGUGAAAUCCAUGCCAAUGAAGUGAUCGGUUAAAUUAGUUUCUUCACGAUUCGGCUAUUAUACAAGGAAGAUGGAAAUCAACUUAAAUAUUAGAAAAUGAGGCAAAUAGAUCGUGUAUUUAACACUUGAGCGUUAAGCACAGCCAUCAUACCUACCUGACCUCUUUGGACAUACAUGUGAUUGGCAAAUAGCGUGUACUUUUCAAUAUAACUCGCUUAAUCUGUGUAAUUGUAAGGUUCUUAAAUUUAUACAAAUGCCAACAGUUGGUAAUAAUAAACGAACAGGGACAUUUCA